AUGAGGACGGAGCCGGUGGCUACUCCCUCGUCCCUGGGACACUUUGUCUGCCUGGGUGCCUGUGAGGCCAGAACUGUCCCCAGGGAAGGUGCUGCAGGGUGGGGCAGGGGUGGAAACCUGUUGCCAGUCCCACCAGCACAGCACAACCAGCUGGGCCAGGACCUGGCCAGUCUGGAGCUGGUGAGUCAAACUGCCUCGGGCAUAGCAGCCAAGAUGGGAACAAUGAGAGGUCCCCCCCAAGACUCUGACCCUGAGGGACACUACCAGUUCCGUGUCCAGGAGGGGGAGAGCAGCCCCCAGCCCUACCAUCGGCGUGGAGUUCUACAGCCGAACCGUGGUGUUGCCACCCACCAGCAAGACGAAGCUGCAGCUAUGGGACACUGCCGGCCAGGAGCGGUUCACAUGAGGCCACUGGGAAAAUGGGACCAGGCCCAGCUUGGGUGCUUCCAGUUGGGGAGCCAAGAUAAAGGAAGCGAGGAGGCUGCGCAGGAGCCACCCAGCACCCAUGGUGUUGGGAACGCCUCCUGGGUGGAGGAGCAGAGGCCUCGGUGCUGCCUGCCUGAGUGCUCCUGGCACUGGAGCCAGCAGAGUGUGGCAGUGCUGAUGGAACCUCGGUGGCAGUACCAGUUCAGGGUCAUCAUGCUGGGGGACUCCACGGUGGGCAAGUCCUCGCUGCUGCGGCGCUACACCGAGGGUGUCUUCCUGGACGCCAUCAACCAGACUGUGGGGGUGGACUUCCAUGUGCAGUAUGUGGAGCUGGAGCCAGGGCUGAGGGUGAAGCUGCAGUUCUGGGACACAGCUGGGCAGGAGCGGUUCAGGUCUGUGACUCGCUCCUACUACCGCAGCUCAGCUGGGGGGAUGCUGCUCUUCGACCUCACCAACCGCGCAUCCUUCGAGAGCGUGCGGCGCUGGCACCAGGAGGUGACGGACACCCUGCAGCCCUCCCACAUCAUCUUCCUGCUGGUGGGGCACAAAAGCGACCUGGUUGGGCAGCGGCAGGUGGGCAGGAAGGAGGCAGAGAAGCUGGCAGCCUCACUGGGGAUGCAGUAUGUGGAGACCUCGGCCAAGGAUGCCAGCAACGUGGCACAGGCCUUCCAGAUGCUGACCCGGGGCAUCUACCAGGCACUGCAGACAGGGUGGCUGGCACCCGGUAAGGCGUGGGAGGGAGUGAGGAGCAGCAUCCCACUGCCAGCACAGCACAGGGCACAGGUGCCUGAGAAGGAAGAGAAGAGGAACAGAUGCUCCUGCUAGAGCUGGGGAUACUGGGACUUGCUGGGCUCUGCCCGCUGCAGUGCACAGGAGGUGAGGUGGGG